AACCAGGGCGGAAGGGGAUCAGGGCCAGGGCUGUGUUUGGAGCCUCGGCUGGGCUGGGGUGCCAAUGUGGUCCCCGGAGCGGGAGGCCGAGGCCCCGGCCGGGGGAGACCCGGCGGGCCUACUGCCCCCCGAGUGGGAGGAGGAUGAGGAGCGCAUGUCCUUCCUGUUCUCCGCUUUCAAAAGGAGUCGCGAAGUGAACAGCACCGACUGGGACAGCAAGAUGGGCUUCUGGGCGCCGUUGGUGCUGAGCCACAGCCGCCGCCAGGGGGUGGUGCGCCUGCGUCUGCGGGACUUGCAGGAGGCCUUUCAGCGCAAGGGCAGCGUCCCGCUGGGGCUGGCCACCGUGCUGCAGGACCUGCUGCGUCGAGGGGAGCUGCAGCGGGAGUCAGACUUCAUGGCCAGUGUAGACAGCAGCUGGAUCUCCUGGGGGGUCGGUGUCUUCCUGCUGAAGCCCCUCAAGUGGACUCUUUCCAAUAUGCUCGGGGAUAAUAAGGUUCCUGCCGAGGAGGUGCUCGUGGCCUUGGAGCUUCUUAAGGAGAAGGCUGAGGAGGUGUAUCGUCUGUAUCAGAACUCCCCUCUCUUCUCCCACCCCGUGGUGGCCCUGUCGGAGCUGAGCACGCUCUGUGCGGGCUCCUGUCUGGAUGAGAGGACCUUCUACUUGGUGUUGCUGCAGCUGCAGAAAGAGAAGCGAGUCACCGUCCUUGAGCAGAAUGGGGAGAAGAUUGUGAAGUUUGCCCGGGGCCCACAUGCCAAGGUCUCUCCUGUCAACGACGUAGAUGUCGGGGUUUACCAGCUGAUGCAGAGCGAACAGCUGCUGUCGUGCAAGGUGGAGUCCUUAUCCCAGGAAGCAGAGAGGUGUAAAGAAGAAGCCCGCCGGGCAUGCCGAGCAGGAAAGAAGCAGCUGGCCCUGAGGUCUCUCAAGGCCAAGCAGCGGACGGAGAAGCGCAUCGAAGCCCUGCAUGCCAAGCUGGACACUGUUCAAGGCAUCCUGGACCGGAUCUAUGCCUCGCAGACAGAUCAGAUGGUUUUCAAUGCGUAUCAGGCCGGGGUAGGAGCCCUGAAACUCUCCAUGAAGGAUGUGACAGUGGAGAAGGCAGAGAGCCUUGUGGAUCAGAUCCAAGAGACUUUGACAGUGAGGAACUGGAGAAGGAAUUGGACAUCCUCCUUCAGGACACCACCAAAGAACCUUCAGAUCUGCCCGACAACCCCCAGGAGACGUUUCAUACCAACAGUGUGCCUAACCCUAGGAUCUCGGACGCUGAACUUGAAGCUGAACUUGAGAAACUGUCCUUAUCAGAGGGAGGUUUGGUCCCAAGCAGUAAAUCUCCAAAAAGACAAUUGGAACCGACUCUAUAAAGCCAUUGUAGGACCCUCAAGUGAAGCACCCUCGUGUCUCAGAGAGACCAGGCUUGUGUGUGUGUACAUAGUUAUUUAAACGAGAAACUCUCGGAAUGUGUUGGAAAGAGGAGGAAGGACACCCACUCUGAUGUAUCUGGAUGCUGCCACUUACUACGGGACAGAUAGAAUUUCUGGAAGCGUGCUCCCGAGGCGUGCUGCCAGCUGGGCUCAUGGCCCUGCCUUCUCAUCUUUAUAGUGCCACAGUUUAUACAGUUCUGUGUUUGCCCUGUCGUCUCUCAUAGCCUGCAGCUCCUGCCACGGGCUCAGUUAGGUUUGUCUUCCCCCACCAGCUUUGUUCCAGCCAGCGAAGGCGAAAGAAUGGUGCAGCUUUGCCAAAUCAAAAUCUGUCCUCGCCCCCACCCACGCUGUGUUUAGAAGAGUUUAUUCUGUCAGUAGGUCCGUUACACACCUCUCCCCAGCCCCGCUGUGUUUCCAUUGGUAGCGAGAAGAAGGAGAAUCCAACAGCGGCCACGUCAUGGAGAAACACACGGUGUGAAAGGUUCUCCCCUGGGGUUCAGAUUCUCCAGGUGUUCAGAAAGAGAGGUAACCCCUGAGUGGCUCAGAGUCGUGACAGUUGGAGAGGGGGCUUGUGGGGUUGGUGGCCACUGCCGCCUCUUCCAUCUUAUGCAAAAGAAGAUCUGCUGACUGGAGAAAUGGUUACUCUUGGUCUUUUAAACUUGACGAGGAGAAGCCCAGGUGACUGCAGGGCCCUGGGUGUCCAAACCCCACAUGCUUUCUUGAAAAGGCAUUAUCUUUGCCUUGCCCCCAUGGUGAAUAAAUUAAAUAUCACUUAAAUACAUAAAUCAGAAGAAGCCACACAACAGCACACCUCCCCUUCUUGAGCCUGGCAGACAACAGCAGGUGGUUUGAGUUUCAGAAGCGUAUUACAUUGUAGCCCACCACGCGGGGCAGGGGAGCUGAGCCAGGAUGUGCAAUAGAAGCGGAAGACGGUGGCCUCGACCGCGUCUGCUGUGCGCUUCCCCGGCCCUGCUCCGCGCCCGGCCCCCGCGUGCUGGAGGCCCGUCCUUCUACGUCCUUUGACGAGUGGGGGAGGAUGGCGGAGGGGGGCAGGCAGGAGAGGGCCUGAGUGCGCUGGCAGCAGGGAGAAGGAAAGACACCAGCCACACUGCUGCUGUGCUGCGCAGUCCCAGACGCCUGCCUGGCCCUCGGCCCUGCCCCUCCUGCUUAGGGCAACGGAGAACAGAGGGGAGGAAUUUGCUCCAGGCCAGGAGCAAAAAUCACCGUUCAACAAGUUUCUCUCCCACUCGGCCCUGGGGAACUGAAAUGUUGGGGGUGAAGAGAAACAAUCACUAUUUUUUCUUUUUUUAAUCUGGUAAAUAAUUAAAAGAAAAAGCCUGAGCGCCUCGUCCUCGUCUCUUUUUUAGGUUGUAUAAAGUGCCUUGUUCCUUCCUGCAUCCCCGCCCUCACCUCCAGCAUACACACA